GACAGCUUCAUUCUUCUUCUUCUUCUUGAGGUCACCCUAAUCGAACGCCGGCUAACGUACCGGCGCACGACACACGUCAUCAUGUAGCGGAGAUCGAUCUCAGAGCGAAUUUGUCUCUACGUAUCUAUAGAACAAAACAAAAAACAAAAAAAUUAGAGAAUCCAUGGCAGAGGCGUUGAAUGGCGAUCCCGUUUAUGUUGCAGUAAGCAAAGAUGUUCGUGAAAGCAGAUUGACUUUGAUAUGGGCAUUGAGGAAUCUCCGAGUGAAAAAGCUUUACCUUCUUCAUGUUCAUCAACAGAUUUCGAUGAACCCUACAUCAAGUGGGCUAGAACAAAGCGAGAUCGAUGCAAUCCAGGAGUCUGAACUGACAAGUACACAUGCGAGCCUUCUCAAAUACCGUGAUAUCUGUGUAGAUGAAGGAGUUAACGAACAAGAUGUAGAUAUAUUCUGGAAUUUGGCUAAUAAUGUUGGGGAAGGGAUUGUGGAACUCAUCUAUGAAAACAGUAUCAAGAAGCUUAUUAUGGGAGCAGCUGCUGAUUCCCACUACUCCGAGGGCAUGGUUAAUAUCACAUCUAGAAAAGCCGAGUAUGUAAGUCGCCACGCGCCUCAUUGCUGUAAAAUAUGGCUUGUCUGUAAUGGGAACCUCAUCCAAACGAGGGAUGGACGGUUUGAUCUUGGGAGUUCAUCACACUCCUCCUCUGAAUCCUUAACCAGCCUUCACGGCCUUGAUUCUGCUCUGAUACCAUACGGGGAAGCAGGACGAGCUGACCAUGACAGCGAGUCACAUGCCCUGUCCUCACUUGAAGACCAAUCAACUAUAGGGUUUGAGACGAUGUACUACGAGGAACAGAGACGGAGAUUAGAGAUUGAGGAACUAAAGAGAGAAAAGGAGCAACAUGAUAAGAUGAAGCGUGAAAGAGAGGAAGCACUCUCUAGUGCCUUUGGUGUCACUCAGAUACAGUACGAUGAAGAAGUAAGUCGCAGGAGAGAAGGGGAGGAGGAACUAAACAGAGCGAAAGCAGAAAUUGAAAAGAUGAAGAGGGUCCAAAAGGAACUCGAAGAACAACUUUACAUUGAUUGCCCCCGUCUGUUAGAAAUGUUCCAGAAAGAGCGAGACGAAGCUAUCAAAACAAAUGAAGAGCUUUUGAGACAUCUAAACCUGGGGAAGGGUGAGUCAUCGUCACAUUCACCAUCAUCCCCGUUGCAGUGGUCUGUUUCCAACGAGCCUCCCGCAUAUUUCAUCUGUCCCAUUUCAAAGGAGAUUAUGCAAAACCCCCAUGUUGCAGCCGAUGGUUACACUUAUGAAGCAGAUGAGUUCAAAAGCUGGCUCAGCCAUGGAGGUGAAAAAUCGCCGAUGACAAACCUUAGGCUUGAGAAUCAUAACCUCACCCCAAAUCUUGUUCUUCGUUCAGCUAUUAAUGAGUGGUUGCAACAGCAUCCGUAUUUCUUUGAUUUACCUUAAGAUAAAUAUGAUGUUGAUUGUGUUGUGAUCCAGUUAAUUUAUAUGGGAAUAGAAAUGUGAAAAAAUAUAAUAAAAAGCUCUCUAUUCACUGGGAAAAAAAUCUUGGGAGAGCCGUUUAAUUUAUGCGUUGACUUGUGUUUUAAUUUCCACCCAUUGACUUUACUGGGUCCACCUUACGAAACCUGAAACGGU